AGCCCGCCGGCAACAACCGCAAGCCCCCCGGCGGCGGCGGCCCCGGCCUCCCGUCAGCCGCGGGGAGGCAGAACAUGGGCAGAGGCCGCAGCAGUGGCAAAGGACCCCCUCAGCCCACGAUUUCUUUUGAUGGCAUCUAUGCAAACAUGAGAAUGGUUCACAUACUCACAUCAGUUGUUGGAUCCAAAUGUGAAGUACAGGUGAAAAAUGGUGGUAUAUAUGAAGGAGUUUUUAAAACCUACAGUCCUAAGUGUGAUUUAGUGGUCGAUGCUGCUCAUCGGAAAACUGCAGAAUCCAGUUUGGGGCCAAAAAGGGAGGACAUCCUGGAGAGUAUCUUGUUCAAGUCUUCAGACUUUGUUAUGGUGCAUUUUAAGGAUAUGGAUACCAAUUAUGCCAGAAGAGAUGCUUUUACUGAUUCAGCCAUCAGUGCUAAAGUGAAUGGAGAGCACAAGGAGAAGGAUCUGGAACCUUGGGAUGGAGGAGAGAACACGGCCUCCGAGGAGCUGGAGGCGCUGGAGACCGAUGUCUCUAAUGGAUGGGAUCCCAAUGACAUGUUUCGUUACAAUGAAGAAAAUUAUGGUGUAGUGUCAACUUAUGACAGCAGUUUAUCUUCUUAUACGGUGCCAUUAGAAAGAGAUAAUUCAGAAGAAUUUUUAAAGCGGGAAGCCAGAGCAACUCAAUUAGCAGAGGAAAUUGAAUCAAGUGCCCAAUACAAAGCUCGGGUUGCCUUGGAAAAUGAUGAAAGGACAGAAGAAGAAAAAUAUACUGCUGUUCAGAGAAAUGCUAAUGAAAGAGAAGGACAUGGUGUGAACACUAGAGAAAAUAAAUACAUUCCACCUGGACAGAGGAACAGAGAUGUCCUGUCCUGGGGAAGUGGAAGACAAAACUCACCGAGGAUGGGCCAGUCUGGAUCAGGCCCACCCAUCUCAAGGUCUGCAUCCCACACUUCAGAAUUCAGCCCUAACUCUGGAGCAGAUCAGAGAGUAGUUAACGGAGGUGUUGCCUGGCCAUCGCCUUGCCCAUCUCCUUCCUCUCGCCCACCUUCUCGCUACCAGUCAGGUCCCAACUCUCUUCCACCUCGGGCAGCCACCCCUACACGGCCGCCCUCCAGGCCCCCCUCGCGGCCCUCCAGGCCCCCGUCUCACCCCUCUGCUCAUGGUUCUCCAGCUCCUGUCUCUACUAUGCCUAAACGCAUGUCUUCAGAAGGGCCUCCACGGAUGUCUCCAAAGGCUCAACGGCACCCUCGAGGUCACAGAGUCUCUACUGGUAGGGGUACAAUUUCAAGUGGCUUAGAAUUUGUAUCUCAUAAUGCACCUGGGGAAGCAUCUACUGCUGCAGUGGCACGAGGCAGCCCUUCAGGUGGGACGUGGUCAUCAGUUGUCAGUGGGGUUCCGAGAUUAUCCCCUAAAACACACAGGCCUAGGUCUCCAAGGCAGAGCAGCACUCCCAUGGGACCAGCUCUGCCUUCUCCUCAGCCUGGUACAAUUCCCACUGAAUCUGUUGCCAUGCCUGUUCCAGCUGCCUCUCCUACACCUGCCAGCCCUGCAUCCAACAGAGCAGUCACCCCCUCCAAUGAAGCUAAAGAUACAAGGCUUCAGGACCAGAGGCAAAAUUCUGCAACUGGAAACAAGGAGAAUAUAAAGCCAAGUGAGACUUCUCCUAGUUUUUCUAAACCUGAAAACAAAGGUGUCUCUCCAAUUGUUUCAGAGCAUAGAAAACAGAUUGAUGAUUUAAAGAAAUUUAAGAAUGACUUUAGGUUACAGUCCAGUUCCUCUUCAGAUGCAGUGGAUCAGCUGCUAAACAAAACCAGAGAAGGUGAAAAAUCAAGAGAUGUAGUUAAAGAAAAGACAGAAUCCACCCCUAAAGAAUCUAUCAUAGAAGCUGGCAGUAACACCAACUCCAGUGGUGGCAGUAGCAAACCCAACAGUCCCAGUAUUUCUCCUUCCAUGAGUAACAGCUCUGAGCAAAAGCGAGGGCCUGAGGUCACCUCCCAAGGUGUGCAGACAUCUGGGCCUGGAAGUAAACAAGACAAAGAGGAUAAAGAGGAGAAGAAGGAUACUUCAGAGCAAGUUAGAAAAUCAACACUUAAUCCCAAUGCUAAAGAGUUCAACCCUCGAUCUUUUGCUCAACCGAAACCUUCUACUACACCAACCUCCCCUCGUCCUCAAGCUCAGCCCAGCCCCUCCAUGGUGGGGCAUCAGCAGCCAACCCCCGUGUACACUCAGCCUGUUUGUUUUGCACCAAAUAUGAUGUACCCAGUUCCAGUGAGUCCAGGCGUGCAGCCUUUGUAUCCUAUUCCCAUGACGCCCAUGCCAGUGAACCAAGCCAAGACAUAUAGAGCAGGUAAAGUACCAAAUAUGCCCCAGCAGCGGCAAGACCAACACCACCAGAGCACCAUGAUGCAUCCUGCCUCAGCAGCAGGCCCUCCAAUUGUAGCUACUCCACCUGCUUACUCUACACAAUAUGUUGCAUAUAGCCCCCAACAGUUUCCUAAUCAGCCUCUUGUGCAGCAUGUGCCACACUACCAAUCUCAGCAUCCUCAUGUUUAUAGCCCUGUAAUACAGGGCAACGCUAGGAUGAUGGCCCCACCAGCACACGCACAGCCGGGUUUAGUAUCUUCCUCUGCAACACAGUACGGUGCGCAUGAACAGACACAUGCUAUGUAUGUUUCCACUGGCUCACUUGCUCAGCAGUAUGCCCACCCUAAUGCUACCCUGCACCCGCAUCCUCCUCAUCCUCAGCCUUCUGCCACCCCAACUGGCCAGCAGCAAAGCCAACAUGCUGGAAGCCACCCUGCUCCAAGCCCCGUGCAGCACCACCAGCACCAGGCUGCCCAGGCCCUGCACCUGGCCAACCCCCAGCAGCAGUCGGCGAUUUACCACGCAGGUCUAGCUCCAACCCCUCCUUCCAUGACGCCAGGCUCCAACACGCAGUCUCCACAAAACAAUUUUCCUACAGCACAACAAACAGUCUUCACCAUUCAUCCCUCCCAUGUUCAACCUGCAUAUACCAAUCCGCCACACAUGGCCCAUGUCCCCCAGGCUCAUGUACAGUCAGGAAUGGUUCCUUCUCACCCAACUGCCCAUGCUCCAAUGAUGCUAAUGACGACACAGCCUCCCGGUGGUCCCCAAGCCGCCCUCGCUCAAAGUGCACUACAGCCCAUUCCAGUCUCGACAACAACACAUUUCCCCUAUAUGACCCACCCUUCAGUACAAGCCCACCACCAACAGCAGUUGUAAGGCUCAUCUGGAAUAACUGAAAGGCUGGAUACCUUUUGUAGGCCAAAUACCCUCCUUCUACUGCUUCUGCCAACUGGAAGCACAGAAAACUAGAAUUUCAUUUUAUUUUGUUUAAAAAAAAAAAAAUUUGAUUUCUUGUAACAUCCACUAGGAAUGCUAACAGUUCAUCUUGCAGUGGGAGAGAUUCGGACUGAGUAGAGGCAUUUAGGAACUUGUGGGCUAUUCCAUAAUUCCAUGCACUGUAUCUGAGUCCUGCAAGUGCCCCAACUCUGCUUGCUGAAAAACUGGAAGUUAUUUAUUUUUUAAUGACCCUUCAAAGUUAUGAACUCGUCAGCUAGCAAAAGAAGUAACAAGAGUGAUUCUUGCUGCUAUUAUCACUAAAAAUCAAGACUUGGAGAUCCCUUUUACUUCUAACUAAACUUGAAACAGGUUCAGUAAAAAAAAAAAAAAUUCUAAUCGUCAAACGGAUGAGUUAUUAUUUAUAAAUCACGUUUGAUGAGAUAAUCACUAUCGUGAGACAGUGAUGUAACUUUUAAGUUAAGAAAACUUUUACUUUGUAGAUAAUAUAAAAUAAAAACUUAAAAAAAAAAUUAAAAAAUAAAAAAAGUUUUAAAAACUGA